CCCGGAGAGGAGAUGUCAGCCACUUGAGCCGGAUCGCGCAGUGGAAGAGACGGCACCUACCGAGACUGCAGCUCCUCUCCCAGGCACAUGGCAUCUGCAUAAGUGGUCACUGAUCAUUUCCUUCAGUAAGUGACAAUAAGAAUGAAUGGACAUAUAUCAAACACCCCUCCUGGUGGAUAUGGAAGUUAUUCUCCUCAGAUCAAUGGCUAUGGCUCACCAACGUUUGCUCAGGCAGAGAGGGAGCAGAGUUCAAGAACAAGUGCAAAAGCUCUUUAUGGAACAGAUGGAGCUUACUUCUUCAGAUCAUCAUCCAAACAAAAAAAGAAAGAACAAAGAAAGAACUAUGCCCGGGACAGUGCCAGCAGCGUGUCUGAAACAUCACACUAUCAUGUGGAGCACUUGACCACCUUUGUUUUGGACCGAAAAGAGGCAAUGAUUACAGUAGAUGAUGGAAUAAGGAAGCUGAAAUUGCUGGAUGCUAAAGGCAAAGUGUGGACUCAAGAUAUGAUUCUUCAAGUGGAUGACAAAGCUGUCAGCUUAGUGGACUUGGAAUCAAAGAAUGAAUUGGAGAAUUUUCCUUUAAGCACAAUUCAGCAUUGCCAGGCUGUGAUGAAUGCAUGCAAUUACAAUUCCAUUCUUGCAUUGGUAUGUAAAGAACCAACCCAAAACAAGCCUGAUUUGCAUCUUUUCCAGUGUGAUGAGAUUAAGGCUAGCUUUAUCCAUGAAGAUAUUGAAAGUGCAAUCAGUGACAGCAAAAGUGGAAAACAGAAGAAAAGGCUUGAAACCCUGAGGAUGAUAUCCAAAGCUGACAGCGCCAUCCCGCCGCCGCCGCGGGCGCCGGCGCCCGUCCCGCCGGGGACCGUCACGCAGGUGGACGUGCGAAGCCGCGUGGCUGCGUGGUCCGCGUGGGCCUCUGAGCAGGGCGAGUUUGAAAAACAAAGACAGUACCACGACCAUGAAGAAACAACAGAAAUGAUAGCAGCUAGGAUUGACAGAGAUGUUCAAAUUCUGAACCAUAUUUUGGAUGACAUUGAGUAUUUUGUUACCAAACUUCAAAAAGCUGCUGAGGCAUUUGCAGAACUUUCAAAGAGGAAGAAAACUAAGAAAAGUAAAAAGAAAGGACCUGGAGAGGGAGUUCUUACUCUCCGUGCAAAGCCACCACCUACAGAUGAGUUUGUUGACUGCUUCCAAAAAUUCAAGCAUGGCUUCAAUCUUGUGGCCAAACUGAAGUUGCAUAUCCAGAAUCCUAGUGCUGCUGAACUGGUUCAUUUUCUCUUUACACCACUACAUAUGGUGGUGCAGACGACAGGAGGUCCAGAACUUGCUAGUACAGUACUCAGUCCUCUCCUAACAAAGGAUACUAUAGAUUUCCUGAGAUUUACUGUCACUAGUGAAGAAGGACAGUUGUGGAUGUCAUUGGGUGACACAUGGACUAAAGCAAGAGCGGACUGGCCCAAAGACCAGUUUAUUCCACCCUAUGUCCCUCGCUUCCGAAAUGGUUGGGAACCUCCUUUGCUGAACUUCAUAGGAGCUCCAAAGGAACAGGAACUAAAUCAUCUGGCUGAGUCUGUGGCGAAUGUUGCAGAGCAGCAGAGGAAACAAGAAAUGAGAAGACUGUCAACUGAGCCUCCUGGCGUUCCCGACUACCCUCCAUCCGACGGGUAUGCAUUCAGUAACACCGCGUACAAAAGAGGGCCUCUCCUGGACCAAGGGGCCGCUGUCGCUGCCUUUAAGCAAACUGUUAGCCGGCACGUAGAUAGAAACUACGAAGCACACAGUAAAGCACAGCCCAAGAAAUAUGCCAAAUGCAAGUAUGAGUUUAUGGCAAGAAACAACAGUGAGCUUUCUGUCCUGAAGGAUGAGAUUGUGGAGAUUCUAGAUGACAGGAAACAGUGGUGGAAGGUUCAGAAUAAAAGCGGCAGUGCAGGCUUUGUGCCAAACAACAUUUUGGACCCACUGAGAAGUCAAGAAGGUGGUCCAGGAUGGUCAGAACCUGCAUAUACCCGCACCAUCCAGAAACAAAGGAUGGACCAUGUUGCAAAACAACCCGACCCGGUUCCCGUCACUCCUUCACCGCCCCCAACGCCCGCUCCAGUCCCCGUGGCCGUCCCGCUCCCUCCCAGCACCCCAGCGCCCAUCCCCGUCCCGGUGCCCAAAGCUCCAACCAUCAGCCGCCAGAGCAGCACGUCGAGUGACAGCGGCGGGGGCAGCGUGGCACGCGACAGCCAGAGGCACAAGCAGCUUCCCGUGGACCGAAGGAAAUCCCAGAUGGAGGAGGUGCAGGAUGAACUCAUCCACCGGCUCACCAUUGGCCGGAGCGCUGCCCAGAGGAAGUUCCAUGUGCCACGACCCAACAUCCCUGUAGUCAAUAUUACUUAUGACUCGUCACCCGAGGAUGUCAAAGCAUGGUUGCAGUCCAAAGGAUUCAACCCUGUGACUGUUAACAGCCUCGGCGUGCUGACGGGAGCACAGCUCUUCUCCCUCAACAAGGAGGAACUGAGGACUGUCUGCCCCGAAGGGUCUCGGGUCUACAGCCAAAUUACGGUACAGAAAUCGGCCCUAGAGGCUAACAGUGGUAGUUCAGAACUGCAAGAAAUAAUGAGAAGGCGACAAGAAAAAAUCAGUGCUGCUGCCACCGAUUCAGGAGUGGAGUCCUUUGAUGAAGCAAGCAGUCACUAAACAUCUUUCCUCCUUUCUUUAAGUCCGUUGUUCCUAACAUUAUAACCUCAUGCUUUGCUUUAGGAAGCAGUGAAGGAGUCUUACUAUCUUGUAAACAUGACUGAUCACCAUAAAGAGAAUUACAUUUAGUUUUCACAGAAAUACCUGCUAUUGGCCUCUCACGAUUCAGAAUGAAUAGAUGAGAAAUGCAAGGAAGGAACCUGGCAAGUGAAAAUAUUUCUCACUUGAAUCACACCCCAAAAAAAGGCUUUAUGGAGGUGAUCAUUCCAUGAGAGAGAAACAUGAAAUGUGUCUUUGUUUUGGAUUCAUCUUAGUGAAGCUGAGCCAGCAAUGAAAAUAAGGCAUUCAAACCAUUCAAUAAUAAUAAGAUUUAGAAUUUCAUCUUCUGCUGCAAUUUGCAGUUUUGCCUUUUUGCUCAGGCUUUCUAGUGCAUUCAUCUACAGAACGUUUAAGUUGCUAGUGUCAGUAGUUGAAGAAGAAAAGUUUAGUUAAAGAACAGCAGCCCCAACAUAGACUGAAUCUUUCUUGCACCACUCUGGAUGUUUUAUUACUAAUGAUGCUGUGUAUGGCAAAAUAAUACUCUAUACGUUAAUAUUUUUUAUCAGUGCUUCACUCAUGAUGAACCAUAAUAUUACACAGUAAGGAAUAAGUAGAAAAUAGUAAUACAAGCCAGCUGAAAGAGGUGAUCAGACCUGCUAUAAGUAGCCAUAAAAGAAUUUAAGGAAUUUGCAGUACUCUCUUUUUUUUUAAAUAACUUCCAUUUUUCAUUUUGUAACUUAACCUGUCAAAAGAACAAUGUAUAAUCUAGACUUCUUUCUCUGUUGAUUCCACAUGUCUGUUUUUCUGUAUUUAAAAAAGUUGCUCCUUUGUA